AUGAAGGCUCCUGUACGCCACACGCUUUAUUGCUUUUGUGGCUGUAGACUGGCACCGCAGCGCGGGGACAGCGACGGUGGAAGCCCAAGUGGCACAAAUGCAGAAACUCCCUCUGGUGACGAUUUCAGCCUCUCCUUGGCGGAUACUAAUCUACCGUCUGAAGUGGAGCCAGAGCUGCGCAGUUUCAUUGCUAAGCGUCUUUCUAAGGGAGCAGUCUUUGAAGGGCUGGGUAACGUUGCAUCUGUGGAGCUGAGAAUACCAGGUUACCGGGUUGGUUGUUACUACUGCCUUUUCCAACAAGAAAAACUGCUUCCUGAAAUAGCAACAGUGGACUCUGAACAUAGCCCUUCAGAGUAUGUGGUCUGCUUUUUAGGAGGGUCUGACAAAGGACUUGAGCUUUUCAGGCUUGAAUUGGACAAGUACAUUCAAGGGCUGAAGAACAUGAGCUGUGAGGAAAGGGGCCCAGAGAAUCACAUAACGGUCUACCUGAGCAGCUGGUUUGAGGAUGUCAUAUGCCCAAUCCAGAGGGUGGUUCUUCUCUUUCAGGAGAAGCUUACCUUUUUGCUACAUGCUGCUCUGAGUUAUACUCCUGUUGAGGUGAAAGAAUCAGAUGAAAAAACAAAGAGGGACAUUAACAGGUUCCUGAGUGUGGCCAGUCUUCAAGGCCUUAUUCACGAAGGCACCAUGACAUCUUUGUGCAUGGCCAUGACGGAGGAGCAGCAUAAGUCUGUGGUCAUUGAUUGUAGUAGCUCUCAGCCUCAGUUCUACAAUGCAGGAAGCAACCGAUUUUGUGAGGAUUGGAUGCAUGCUUUUUUGAAUGGUGCUAAAGGAGGUAACCCCUUUCUUUUUCGACAAGUACUGGAGAACUUUAAACUAAAGGCUAUACAAGACACAAAUAAUUUGAAGAGAUUUAUCCGACAGGCAGAAAUGAAUCAUUACGCUUUGUUUAAGUGUUAUAUGUUCCUAAAGAACUGUGGUAGUGGAGAUAUCCUUCUGAAGAUUGUUAAAGUGGAACACGAAGAAAUGCCUGAAGCCAAAAAUGUGGUAGCUGUCCUCGAAGAAUUUAUGAAAGAAGCUCCUGCUCACAGGUUUUGAUCACGUUUUGAGAUAACUGUACUGUGAAGUUGUAUAUUCCAGCAUUGGUGUUUGAAAUUGCAGUUGUUAUAAAUUGUCGUAAGAUUGCUAUUUAAGAUUAUUUGAAAUGCAUUCCAGAUUUUUUCAUUUUUGUACUUUUAAAAUUUAACUUAAUUCAACAUGAAAACCCAAGGGUUCUUCACUGAACCCACGAUAGGUGUGUUACAAGUUACGGAAUUUUAGUACAUGGCUAGUCCUAUAAGUUCUAGACUUCAGGGAUUAAAAAACUUCAGAGGUGAUUUUGUGGCUUCUCUCAGAAGUUUGCUGCAAUAUUUAACCACCUUUGCUCUCAGAAAAAUCAUAAUAUUUCUUUGUCAAAAUGUACUCCUAGUCUUAAAAAACUUCAGAGGUGAUUUUGUGGCUUCUCUCAGAAGUUUGCUGCAAUAUUUAACCACCUUUGCUCUCAGAAAAAUCAUAAUAUUUCUUUGUCAAAAUGUACUCCUAGUCUUAAAAAACUUCAGAGGUGAUUUUGUGGCUUCUCUCAGAAGUUUGCUGCAAUAUUUAACCACCUUUGCUCUCAGAAAAAUCAUAAUAUUUCUUUGUCAAAAUGUACUCCUAGUCUUAAAAAACUUCAGAGGUGAUUUUGUGGCUUCUCUCAGAAGUUUGCUGCAAUAUUUAACCACCUUUGCUCUCAGAAAAAUCAUAAUAUUUCUUUGUCAAAAUGUACUCCUAGUCUUAAAAAACUUCAGAGGUGAUUUUGUGGCUUCUCUCAGAAGUUUGCUGCAAUAUUUAACCACCUUUGCUCUCAGAAAAAUCAUAAUAUUUCUUUGUCAAAAUGUACUCCUAGUCUUA